AUCUCCGAUGGAAUCCCAUAUCUCUUUUUCCUUCAAUUGCCCCAUCUCUCUCUUCCCCCUUCUCUUGACAGGCAUCUAUUGUCAACAAGAGAGGAAGCGAGAAAGACUUGUUCAUCGUCUUCCUCCAAUAACACAUCCCUUCUGUUUUGCUCAAUCAAAAUGUACCACAAUGGACCACCUCCACCUCAGUAUACCAUGCUAGAAAACCAAUAUGGUUAUAGCCCGAACCCAUACGGUCACCAGGCUGCCUACCAGCGCAACGGCCCCCGUUACCCGGCCCCCUACCCUAGGAGCUCAGGGGCGUCGAGCUGCUGCCGCUGCAUUUGCUGCUGCUGCUGCUGUAUCCUUCUCAUUUUCAUCAUCAAUAUUAGCCUCUUCUACGCUGUGUACAGCGUUUACGACCCCCGCCUGCCUAGUUUCAGGAUUGAGGGCUUCGGGGUUAAGUCCUUUAAUAUAUCGCAGGAUUCCAACGUGAUCACCGAGUUUCAGGUCUCCGUCAGAGCUGAGAAUCCGAACAGGAAGAUCUCAUUCAAUUAUGGGGAUGAGAGCUACGUGAAGGUUGUUUAUUUGGGUAUCAAUAUCGGCAACGGGAAUAUCCCGAGUUUCCAUCAACCCACAGAAAACUCCACCCUCAUAAAAAUUGAUAUAAAGGGGAAAGCCGAGUUCGGAGAAGAGGUCCAGAAGGAUUUCGCAGAGAGAAGUGCCAUCCAAAGGAUUCCAAUACUCGUGUUGGUCAAAGUGCCCGUCAACGUCGUGGUGGGGGAGUCCCCCUUGAGAGAGUUUAAGAUCUAUGUCAUUUGUCAUAUGAUUCUUGAUAACUUGGCAGCCGACAAACCGGUUGGGAUCAUAUCCAAAGAGACAAAGUGGAGAUUUGAGCUCUGAUCAUGUUCAUCUAAUUGUGUAUGGGUACGAUCACUUCUUGCAGAGAUCGGGAUUGAAUCAAGUGUGCACAAGGUAAGAAUCUUACAUAAGUAUGUGCGUGGAGGAUUCUUAAUAGAUUUUUGAUCAGUUUCUUGUCAUGUAUUUAUAAACCCAUGUCCUAAUACAGACAAGAAAAAUGUAUAAUUGCAGCA